UGAAAAAUAGUACUACUACUCUUUAUCUCUCUGACUCUAUAUGUUAGCCAUGAGUCCCUGACAGCUCAAACAUUGUUGCCCGCGAAAAAUGAUACCCCACACUUACAUUGUCUUGGACACUCCACCACCACUACUACUACACACAACCGGUACCUCUACUCUCCGGCGACGAACUUUCCGGCGAAUCCCUGCCGGAAACCGCCGCCACGUAAUAAAACUCUCCGCCAGCGCGCACACGAGACGGCAUGUCUUACUGGCUCCGGUCCUCACCGCCGGCGCGUAUGCUCUCCGAUCUGCGGUGGCGCAUGCGGAGGAUAAUCCGCCUAAUCUUCCGGCGAUGAAGGAGCCGGAGAAAGCGAAAUCUGCGGCGGAGGAUGAUGUGGUGGUUUCGAGGAUUUACGACGCGGCGGUGAUCGGAGAGCCGUUGGCGGUGGGGAAAGACAAGAGGAAGGUGUGGGAGAAGUUGAUGAACGCGAGGGUUGUGUAUUUAGGGGAAGCGGAGCACGUGCCUGUUCGGGACGAUAAGGAAUUGGAGCUCGAGAUCGUUAAGAACUUGAGGAAACGGUGCGUUGAGUCAGAGUCUGAUAGGUCAAUUUCUUUGGCUCUUGAGGCAUUUCCUUGUGAUCUUCAGGACCAACUCAAUCAGUACAUGGAUAAAAGAAUAGAUGGAGAAACAUUGAAGUCUUAUGCAUCACAUUGGCCGCCUCAACGCUGGCAGGAGUAUCAGCCUCUUCUAAGCUAUUGUCGCGAUAAUGGAGUUCAGCUUGUUGCUUGUGGUACACCACUAAAGGUUUUAAGAACUGUCCAAGCAGAAGGAAUUCGUGGGCUUUCAAAGGCUGAUCGUAAAGUAUAUGCCCCUCCAGCUGGUUCGGGCUUCAUUUCAGGCUUCGCUUCCAUCUCACGCAGAUCACCAAUUGAUAUGAAUUCUCCAAAUCAAUCUGUUCCUUUUGGGCCAAGCUCAUACCUAUCUGCACAAGUAAGAGUAGUAGAGGAAUAUAGCAUGUCCCAGAUCAUUUCACAAACCAUGGUGGAUGGAGGAGCCACUGGCAUGCUAGUAGUGGUAACAGGUGCAAGCCAUGUUAUGUAUGGAUCAAGGGGGACUGGGCUGCCGGCAAGAAUUUCAAAAAAGAUGCAAAAGAAAAACCAAGUGGUUAUAUUACUUGAUCCUGAAAGGCAACAAAUAAGGAGAGAGGGAGAAGUUCCAGUUGCUGAUUUCUUGUGGUAUUCUGCUGCCAGUCCCUGCAGUAGAAAUUGUUUUGAUCGUGCUGAGAUUGCUCGGGUAAUGAAUGCAGCUGGCAGGAGGAGAGAUGCCCUUCCACAGGACCUUCAAAAAGGACUUGAUCUUGGUUUAGUAUCACCAGAGGUACUACAGAACUUCUUUGAUUUGGAGAAAUAUCCUCUUAUUUCAGAACUGACUCAUCGUUUCCAGGGUUUCAGGGAAAGAUUGUUGGCAGAUCCUAAAUUCUUGCAUAGAUUAGCUAUAGAAGAAGCUAUCUCUAUAACAACUACUCUUCUAGCACAGUAUGAGAGGCGUAAAGAAAAGUUCUUUGAAGAGCUUGACUAUGUCAUUACGGAUACUGUCAGGGGAACGGUUGUUGAUUUUUUUACGGUUUGGCUUCCUGCUCCAACCCUGUCGUUCCUUUCACAUGCUGAUGAGAUAAAUGUUCCUGAUAGCAUAGAUGCUUUGCAAGGUCUCCUUGGGUCCAUCCCUGAUAAUGCAUUUCAAAAAAAUCCUGCUGGGAAGAAUUGGAUUCUCAGUCAUAGAGUUGCAUCGGUGCUUUUUGGUGGUUUGAAACUUGCUAGUGUAGGAUUUAUUUCCAGUAUUGGAGCUGUGGCAGCCUCGAAUGUUUUAUAUGCAAUUCGUAGGUUCCUCAAUCCAGCGCUGGUUGCUAAUCAACGUACUAAAAGAUCACCAAUACUCAAAACAGCAGUUGUCUAUGGAUGCUUUCUUGGAACUUCAGCAAAUCUACGUUAUCAGAUUAUAGCUGGGAUAGUGGAGCAUCGGAUUUCUGAUGAGUUUUCUUCUCAAAUAUUACUUGUAAAUAUGCUAUCAUUUUUUGUUAGGACAAUCAACUCCUACUGGGGAACUCAGCAAUGGGUUGAUCUUGCACGGUUUACUGGACUGCAAGCUCAGAAAAAUGGACAGCCCUCUUAUGAAAUACCAGAUUCUCCUAGUCAUGCUGCAUUGGGAUGCAAAAACACAGAAGAAGUCACUGUUGAUGAAAUCAAGAAUCAAUGAGGUGUCAGGUGAAAUCUGACUUCUCAAUUUCAUACUAAUUUGUAUAUCAUUCUUUAAAAGUUGUUGUAGAGAGAUCUGAGAGAAAUAAAUUAUGGUCUUUAUGCUUUA